GAGGGGUGAGCAUGGUCUCUGCUGUUUGUGAAGGCUCUGGGGCUGCUUUUCUGGUAGCUGAGCCCGACCCUUUGGCAUUUGCAGCCUGCGCCUCUUUUCGUGGCAGGAACAAGUGAAGUGUUUUGCAGGCUGCUGUGAGAGAAGAAAGGCUGCCUUGUUGCUGCCAGAGGUGGGGCACCCGGCUGGGCUGGCCCUCGCUCCCUUGCUAGCAUUCCUAGAACAGAGUCUGCUUGUGAAGGGCAGCAAUCACCCUUCGUGCUGGGGCUUCCCAGGAGGUGAGCUGAGCUAGGCCGCACCUCAAGGCCAUGGUGUGAACAGAGCACAGGGACAUGAACGCUCUGCCACUGGAGCUGGUGGUCGGUGCUUGGCCCAGUGCCAGGGUGAGGAUCCAAGGGCAGGAGAGUGCCAGGCACAUUGAUGAAGUUGCCAUGGAAGCUUCAAACAGGAAUGUUACCAGCCCGACCCGCAAAGUCCAAGCAAUCAUCCAGAACAGUCCUCUGGACCUAAUAGACAUGGGCAAGGGGCUGAAGGUCCAGACCGACAAGCCACAUCUGGUGAGCCUGGGCAGUGGCCGGCUCAGCACCGCCAUCACCCUCCUGCCCCUAGGAGAGGGGAGGACCAUGAUUGGCUCGGCCACUAAGGACAUUGUUCUGCAGGGGGCUGGGUUGGCCUCUGAGCACUGCUACAUCGAGAACGUUUGUGGGACCCUCACCCUGCACCCCUGCGGGAAUGCCUGUGCCAUUGAUGGCCUGCGGGUUAAGCAGCCCACUCGCCUGACCCAAGGGUGCAUGAUCUGCCUGGGGCAGUCAACCUUCCUCCGGUUUAAUCACCCUGCUGAGGCCAAGUGGAUGAAAAGCAUGAUCCCAGCUGGAGAAAGGAGUCCUGGGGCCCCAUAUGGACUCACGGCAGAAUCGGAGAGUCUAGUGAACGGCAACCACCAGCUGUCUCUGAAUGAUGUCCAUAAGGGACAGGGAGGCAGGCCCCGGCCCAGCCACAGCUCCCUGGUCAGCUCUAUCGAGAAGGACCUGCAAGACAUCAUGGACUCUUUGGUGAUGGAGGACUCGAGCUCUCCCAGGAGAAAGCUCUCUGCCAAUGCCCAGUCCCCUGUGUCCUCAGUGGUGAAUGGUGGUGGGCACUACUUCUUGUCCCCACCCUUGAGCCCUGGGGCCAUGUCUGUGGGCUCCAGCUAUGACAACGCAUCCCCGCCCUUCUCCCCGCUUUCAUCCCCAGCCAGCAGUGGCAGCUACACUAGUCCCUCUCCCAGUAGCCAGGAGCAGGGGCCGCCCAUCCCCCCAGUGGUGCCAGUGAGAUCUUCCAGCUACAACCAUGCCAUGCAGUCCCCACAGCAGCGGCCACUUCCACCUCCAUGUGGGGGCUCCAGCCUGGACCUGAGGAACAGCACCAUAGGCACAAGUGAGACACAGCUUGCAGAGAGUCCCAAGAUGCAAAGGAGGGCAGUGCAUGGCGUUCCCCUGAGCCCCAAGCCUGGCCAGAGAGCCCUGAACCCUGAAGGCCCUGGGCUGUCAGCCUUCUCCAGCGCCCGGAGAGCUGCUGAGAGCACACAGCUGGGCCACCCUAACCAGCAUGUGCCCCUGGUGUCUGUAAGCUCAAGUGACUAUGUAACAGGGAGCCCCCAGGCUCAGCCUACCAACAUCCCCAGCAGCCCCCGGCUGGUACCCAAAUUUCAGUCACCGUCUUCUCAGAGGUUGAAAAUUGUGGCUCUUCAAGAGCGUCCACCCAGCCCCUUCAGGGAGGGCAGGGAGCCCCCUGGCAUUGACAGACACCUGGCCUCCAGCCCCUCCCGGCAGGUGUUGACAAGAGUCUUCCAGCCCCUGGAGACUGUGGGUUUCACCCAUGUCAAUCAGGACAGCCGCUCUCUGCAGCCCCCUGAGAGUCCCAGAAUGGGCAGAAGGAGCGUGGAGAGCAUGAGGGAUUUGCCUCCCCUCAGCCCUUCCCUGUCUCGCCGGGCAGCACCCCUGCCCUCUGCCUUGUCUCCCCAAGCAAGGGCCCCCCAAGAGAGUCCCUCACAGCAGACCAAGCUGGCCAAGGAGGUUCCUGAGAGCCCUCGCGUCCGGCGCAAGGUAGCCAGGCCCCUGGAGAGGCAUGAAGACUUCUCCUCCUCGUCCUCCUUGACGGGGAAGAAUUUGAGAACCAGGAGCCCCUCACCCAUCUUCCAGGCAGAACUUGCCUCCCAGCGUAAGCCCAGCUUUGGCGUCACCCUCAGCCCUGCAUACAGCCUGGGAUCGCUGGCUGUGCCCUCGCCCCGUCAGAGCCCCCGGGUACACAGGAAGCUGUCAGGAGAUCUGCGUCUGCCUGUGAGUGCGAGGGAGCGCAAAAACAGCAUCACUGAGAUCAGUGACAAUGAGGAUGACCUGCUGGAGUAUCACCGCCGCCAGCGCGAGGAGCGGCUGCGUGAGCAGGAGAUGGAGCGCCUGGAGCGCCAGCGUCUGGAGACCAUCCUGAGCCUGUGUGCGGAAUACACCAGAACUGAUGGCACCACAGACGCAGGCAGCUCGCACCAGCACUUCCCGAGUGACGGAGAUGCCACCACCAACAUCCUGACAGCCAGGAGGCACUCCAAGGGCUCAGCCGGCCUGGCCGCCUGGGGCCUUGGCAAGGCCAUAGAGGAGACUGGAGAGGCCACAGGGCCCCAGCAGAGGGAGAGCCUGGAGAAAUCAGACGAGGAGAAUCUGAAGGAGGAAUGUAGCAGCACGGAGAGCACGCACCACGAGCAGCACGAGGACUCGACAGGCUCCAAGACCAAGGAGGCUGCCCUGCUGGAGGAGGAAUGGGUGCGGGUGCUGGGCCACGUGGAUGAGCUCAAGAGCCAUGUCAAGGAGCUGGAGCAGCAGCUGCAGGAGUCGUCUCAUGAGGCGGAGAUGGAGCGGGCACUGCUGCAGGGGGAACGGGAGUCGGAAAUGAUACAGCUGCAGCAGGAACAGAAGAUCGUGCAGCAGCUGCAAGAGAAACUGUGUGAGCUGGACUCCAGCAUCCAGAAGGAGCGGGACACGGAAAGGGCAAAGGUUGAUGCUGAAAGGAAGGAGCUAGAGAAACUCCAGGCGCUUUACAAUGAGUCGAAGAGCCAGCUUGAUAACUGCCCUGAGUCAAUGCGGGAGCAGUUACAGGACCAGAUGAGAAGGGAGGCAGAGGCCCUGGAGACGGAAACCAAGCUGUUUGAGGACUUGGAGUUCCAGCAGCUAGAAAAAGAGAGUCGCUUGGAGGAGGAGCGUGAGACCGUGAGCCAGCAGCUCCUGCAGAGCAAGGCUGAGUGCCACCGCAGUAUCGCCAAGAGGAAGGAGCGGGUGGCUGCAUUGGAAAGCCAGGCCAAUCACAUCCGGCUCCAGGCUGCCCAGGAGUCUGAGCGCCUUGCCAAGGAGAAGAAUACCAUGCUGCAGCUGCUGCAGAAGGAGAAAGAGAAGCUUGUCUCCCUGGAGAGACGGUACCAUCUUGUUACUGGCGGCAGGAGCUUCCCCAAAACAUCAUCUGCGCUCAGAGAGGAGUACAUGAGGCUGUCUGACGUUUUCAGAUUCUACUGCAAUGUGUACGGCCCUGGCCAGGACACUAAAGCUUCUGCUGUUGCCACUGCUGCUGCUGCUCCACUCUCUUUCUUGCUUGCUGUACCUCCUGCAGCCAAUGAGAUGGAGAAGCAGCUUCAGGUGGGCCCAGUGCAGCUUUCUGCCCUGGAUUACAUGGCUGGCUUCGAGGCCUCCCCCCCUGCCUCUCCUCACUCCCCCCCUCCUCUUCCUGCUAAAGCUCACUCUUCUCGAAAGCCGUUCCAGGUCUAUCGUGCUAAGAUGGACAGCGACACCGGCAGCACCCUCCCACGCACAAAGAGCGGGUCUGCGUCAUCCUCGCAGCUCAGCGUGGCCAUGCUGGGACGCAGCUCCUCCCCAAAGGGUCCCCUGCACCCACAGAAUGGCACAGGUAGCCUGCCACGAAACCUGGCAGCCACACUGCAGGACAUCGAGACCAAACGCCAGCUGGCCCUGCAGCAGAAGGGGCAGCAGGUGAUUGAGGAGCAGAAGCGGCGCCUGGCGGAGCUGAAGCAGAAAGCGGCUGCUGAGGCGCAGUCCCAGUGGGAAGCCCUGCACGGGCAGCCUCACUACCCCCCUACUUCCUACCCUCCGCUCAUGCAUCACUCCAUUCUCCAUCAUCAUCCUCCCCAUGGCAUCGGGCACCGGGCCGAGGACAUGGACCACGCCUAUGACACACUCAGCCUGGAGAGCUCAGACAGCAUGGAAACCAGUAUCUCCACUGGUGGCAACUCAGCCUGCUCGCCUGAUAACAUGUCCAGUGCCAGUGGGGUGGAAGCAGUGAAGAUCGAGGAGAUGGAGAAGAUGCUGAAAGAGGCCCAUGCAGAGAAAUCUCGCCUGAUGGAGUCACGGGAGCGGGAGAUGGAGCUGCGGCGACAGGCCCUGGAGGACGAGCGCAGGCGGCGGGAGCAGCUGGAGCGGAGGCUGCAGGAUGAGACGGCUCAUCGGCAGAAGCUGAUUGAAAAGGAGGUCAAGAUGCGAGAAAAACACUUCUCUCAGGGCGGCGACUGCCAUUGGGGUGGCACUGACGAGGCUGCGUUGCUUCUCCAGGCACGGCCCCUGACCAGAUAUCUCCCCAUCCGCAAGGAGGAUUUUGACUUAAAGACACAUAUAGAGUCCUCAGGCCACAGUGUGGACACCUGCUAUCAUGUCAUCCUGACCGAGAAGAUGUGCAAGGGCUAUCUGGUCAAGAUGGGCGGCAAGAUCAAAUCCUGGAAGAAGCGUUGGUUUGUCUUCGACCGUAUGAAACGCACAGUCUCCUACUAUGUUGAUAAACAUGAGACGAAGCUCAAGGGAGUGAUCUAUUUCCAAGCCAUAGAGGAGGUUUAUUAUGACCAUCUCCGCAGUGCUGCUAAGAAAGGACUUUUCAACCUCAGCCUAGCAAAUCAACUAGCAGAUAUUCUCCCCAUUCACUUCCACAGAGAGAGUCCCAACCCAGCUCUUACCUUCUGCGUCAAGACCCACGACCGCCUCUAUUACAUGGUGGCACCAUCAGCUGAGGCCAUGAGGAUCUGGAUGGAUGUCAUUGUGACUGGAGCAGAGGGCUACACCCAAUUCAUGAAUUGAUGGGGAC